AUGCGCCCUUGCCGUAGAUUCGUUCUCCGUUUCUUCCCUAUUCUAAACCAAUUUCGUUCAGUCUCUUCUUCACCGCAAGAGCUUGAACAUGCUGUUAGAGCUGUAGUAGAAUCCAAAAACUAUGUUAAAAUUCCUGAUUUCAUUACCACCGAGUUCUCACAAUCCCAAUCCCAAAUUUCAAACCCUUUCUCUUUUUUAUCUUCGUUUUCGCAUAAUUUACAAGUGCAAAUGGUUGAUGAAAUGUUGCAGUCUUUUAUACCUAUCAGACCGCGCUACAAGCCCAAGCUAGCUUACUCUUACCUUUUGUCUUACAUUCUUCAAACUUCUCAGCCAUUCCCUCUUGCACUUGCAGUUCUUCAACGGACUCUACGUUCUGGUUGCUUACCAGUUCCUCAGACUCAUGUCCUUCUCUCGUCUGCUUGGCUGGACCGGCGGCAAUGUCGGUUGCAAUCUGUAGCGAAUAUUUUACUUGAGAUGCAGUCAAUUGGAUAUUAUCCUGAUUGUGGUACUUGUGGUUAUAUAGUUUCAUCUCUUUGUGCUGUUGAUCAAUUAGCGGAGGCGGUUAAUGUCGUGAAGGGUAUGGGUGGAGCAGGAUGUAUUCCUGAUUCGAAUUGUUUCGGGGUUGUGAUUAGUGCAAUGUGUAGUGUUAGAAGGACCGUUGAUGCUCAAGGUUUGAUAGAGGAAAUGGUGGUGAAGUAUGGGUUGACACCGGAUCAUGGAACGGUGGUGAAAUUGUUGGCUGCUUUACGGGCGGAUAAAGAGAUAUGGAGAGCGGUUGAGGUGAUUGAGUUUCUGGAGAAGGAAGGAAAUGAUGUUGGGUUUGAGAGUUAUGAGAUGGUGAUUGAGGGUUGUUUGGAGAGACAUGAAUAUGUUUUGGCUGGGAAGGUUGCGAUGGGGAUGACGGAAAGAGGUUUUAUACCGUAUAUUAAGGUGAGACAGAAGAUAAUUGACGGGUUGGCGAGCAUCAAUGAGUGGAAGGUAGCUUGUGCUGUGAGACAGAGAUUUGCAAAACUUAAAUCUUAG